AUGGACCACGCACACAUGGAUCACUCCCACAUGGACCACGCCGCCAUGGACCACAGCAACAUGGGCGGCCACGGCGGUAUGGGCGGCGGCAUGGGCGACCGCUGCAGCAUGAGCAUGCUCUUCACCUGGGACACGAACAACCUCUGCAUCGUCUUCCGCCAAUGGCACAUCCGCUCGACCGGCGGCCUCAUCAUCUCCCUCCUCCUCGUCGUCGCCCUCGCCGCCGGCUACGAGGCCCUCCGCGCCGCAUCCCGCCGCUACGAGCAGUCCGUCAACAAGCGCGUCGACUCCCUCCCGAGCAUCGCUGGCACCGUUACUGAGACAACCCCCUUCCUAUGGACAGGACGCGAACAAGCAGAGGCCAGCAGGACCGCCCACAUCAUCAAGGCAGCCCUGUACGCCGCGCAGAACUUCUACGCCUUCAUGAUUAUGCUCAUCUUUAUGACUUACAACGGCUGGGUCAUGGUCGCAGUCGCCGUCGGCGCCUUCGUCGGCUACGUCAUCUUUGGGAACUCAACCUCCUCCACAAAGGACAACGCCUGCCAUUGA